AUGGAGUGUGCAAAAGUACAUACUGGUAUUAGAAAAGUUAAAAAGAAGCAGGUGAAGGACGAGCUAGAUCGUAUUAAACUAGCCGAGAAAAAAAAGAGGCGCUUGGAGAAGGCCCUGGCCACUUCUGCAGCAAUUCGUUCUGAACUUGAGAAAAAGAAGCAGAAAAAUAAAGAAGAACAGCAGAGACUAGAUGAAGAAGGUGCUGCAGUGGCUGAGGCAGUUGCACUGCAUGUCCUGCUUGGUGAAGACUCAGAGGAUUCACAUCAUGUUAUGCUGAAGAAGGACGAGGGGUUUACCUCAUGGGAUCAUGGCAGCAACUUUGAUCUCAUUAUGGGGGGAAGGCGGGGAGUAGCUCCCGAUCAUGAAUUGUCAAAAUAUUCGCUAGAAGGGGUAGGUUGGUUUUCUGAUGCUCAGAGAUAUGGGUACAUGUGGAGUCACCAGGGGAAUUCUGACUGGAUCGUCCCUUCUAAUCCUUGGGAAAGAGAUUUCAAAGGGCGAUAUUUUGAAGAGGAAGGUUGGGAUGCUGCAGGGUUAUCUCCUGGUGUCCUUGCAGCACAGGCUGUUUCAUCACUUCAAAUUGCUGAUGAUUCACAAAUAGACACGUAUGUGUUCAACCGUAUGUUAAACGGUUAA